AUGUCAGACAUAAUGGAUAGAGUAGAUAAUUCGACAAGAAAGUUUAAAUUGGGUGAUAAUAUUCACUUUGAGAUAUCGUCAUCGGCAAAUACACAGGGCAAUAGUCAUCAAAUACCCCGAAAACAACUGCAGCUGACAAAUUCCAACCACCAAGAACAAUCUCAACAAGCUCGAAAUCAACUGAGCCAGUCCAAUACUAAUACCACUUCGAGGAAAAAAAGAAAGAAGCAUAAGAAAAAAAGCAAGAUUUCUACAGUGCAAGCCCAUUUGAAUAAUCCUGAAGACGACUACCCCACAUCAAGGGUUAUUAAACAAGCGCCAAAUGGAGACGUGAUAGUUGAAAGUUUGGAAGAUGAAGACGAAAAUCACCACCAUCAUGAAUACGAAGAACAUGAAGAUAGUUGUGAAUAUCAUCCUAGCAGUAAAUCCAAUACCCGAAAAAAUUCCUCUGUAAAUGAAAGCACUCAUAAUAAAAUUUGGGAUAGUGCGUCCAUUGAAGAACAACAACGAUUAAAGGAAUUUUGGGAAUCGUUAGAUGAAAGCAAGAAAUUAGACUUGGUUAAAAUUGACAAGGAUUCCAUAAUGAGAAUGUUCAAGAACGAAACUAGGCAUCAUUUGCAGCAACAACUACUGCUGCUGGUGCUGCUGCAACCACAACAACAGCAAUCACAACAAAAUGUAUCCACUUCGAGUAACAAUGGCAGUAGCAGUGGUAUUAAUAAUAAUUCUAAUAACAACAAUGGCAACAACACUAAUUCGUGUGCUUGCAAGUAUUGUGGACGAAGAAAUAGUAUUAUUGAAGAAGAAUUGGAAAGUAUUUACGACAACCAUUUUGAUGAUAUAAUCGAUUUCAUUCAUGAAGUGCGAGAUAUAAAUGAUUUGAAUGCUUUGCCAGGAUUAUUGUUUGGUGGAUUUCAUAUGUUAGAAGAAGAGCGAAGACUACAAAAACGACAACAAAAAUAUAAAGAAAAAUGGAAUCAUUCACAUCAUUCUACUAGUGUACUGCCCCAACCUGAAUCACAAGAUAAUAAACAAUUGAAAAAAUCUCAGGAUCAAAAUGAAAUGAAAGCAAUCUCCAUUGAAGAUGAAAUGGAUAAAUUUAAAUCUCAUCUUGCAAAGAUGUCGAUUCUGAAUAGCCAGCUGAAUCCUAAUCAGCUAUCAGAAAUUCAUUUACAAUUGAAAAGCGAAGAUGGAAAUUUGACAGGUACUACUGAAUCCCAAUUAUUUAAUAAAUUACUAGAUCCAAAAUUGUUUGAAGCUUUGGAGAAUAUGGAUUUAGAUAAAAUGAAAGAAAUGUCGAAAAUGGAUCCCAAAAACUUGAAUAAUGUCAACAUUUUGGAAAAAGCGACCUCAUUAAGAGAAAUUGUUCGUGAUUUGAAUAAUGCAGAUCGCUCAAGCCUACAAAAAGGAAUUUCCCAUGUUUCGAAUAUGGGUAAAUUUUUUUCAAAUCUUGCCACAUUAAAUAAUGCACAAAACUUGCCGGAAAUUGUUGCCUCUGGUGGAUUGGAUGACCAGUUAUCUAAAGGGUUAUCUUCAUUUGCUGAAGAUCUAUUGAAGAAUGAUGGCAACUCAUUCAUUGGAAUGAUGGAAGCACUUUCUGAGUCUAGAACUGCCCGAGAAGAACUAUUAAAGGAAACGGUGAUAUCACAAAAUCCACAAGAACAAAAGCUGGUUUCCAUUGGUCAAAGUGAUCAACUGGGCGACGUAUGGGUUGAUGAUGAUGAUGAAAAUAACAGAGUGGAUGUAGAAAUUCAUGCAUGUGAUAACCCACAUCAUCAUCACCAUCACCACCAACACUCCAACAAGCAGCACGACCAUCAUCAUUGUCACAAUCACAGACAUAGACAUAGACGUCGUUUUGAAGAAUUAGAUGAUGAGCAUGAUCAAGAAAACGAAGAUGAAGAAUUGGAGGAUGAUGAAGAAGAUUAUUAUGAUGAAUAUGACGACGACGAAGAGGAAGAUGAAGAAGAAGAUGAAGACGAUGAUGACAUUGAGGAAGAAGGUGCAAGUGAUACUGAAUCUGAAAUUUCAGAAGAAGAGAAAAUGCAAGAAAUCCGUCGUUUGUUCUUGAUACAAGUAAUCAAGCUAUUCCAAGAAAGAUUGAAAAAUGCAUAUAAAGAAAAGUUGUCACAGGAUCGAACCCAAAAGUUGAUUGAAGAACUAGAGGCUGAGGAAAAUGCUAAAAAGGAGCGUGAAUUGAAAAAGUUGAAACAAAAGGAAAAGGCAAAAGAGAAGAAACGAUUACAACAAUUGGCCAAAGAAGAAGAGCGAAAGAGAAAGGAGGAAGAAUUGAAGGCUAAAGAAGAAGAACAAAGAUUGCAGAAAGAAAAAUUGAAGGCUGAACAGAAAAAACGGAAAGAAGAGGCGAGAUUGAAAAAAGAAGAGGAAAAGAAAAAGAAAAUCGAAGAACAGAAGCGUAAAGAGGAGGAGCAUCGGAAGAAAGUUGAGGCGCAACAGAAGCGUGAAGCUGAAGCCAAAAAAUUAAAAGAAGAACGUAGACGAAAAGCCGAGGAAGAGAGAAAACAAAAAGAAGAAGAAAAGAAACAGAAAGAAUUAUUGAAAAAGCAAAAGGAAGAAGAAAAAAGACAGAAAGAGCUAUUGAGGAAACAAAGGGAAGAAGAAAAGGAGAAGGAGGCAGCUAGAUUAGAGGAGGAAAGGACCAAAUUAAUGGUAAAUGAUGAUGAUGAACUUGCAAGGCAAAUUGAGGUCGAGAAAUCCAAGUUAUCUGCAGCUGUUGCUAAUAAUCCAUUAUUGAACCAUUUAUAUCAACCUAGUCCAGGAUCUGCUCCUACCACACCUUCUACAGCUAAUUUGCCAGCCUUGUCGCCAUUGCAGUCAGCAUCUGCAAAACUCAUGUCACAGCAGUUUGAGCAACAACACCUACAACAGGUGCUGCAAGAAAAGUUACCUCAAACCAGCAACAUUCAACUGCCAAACCAACAGCCACACCCAUCUAUAUCAUCCUUUCAAUUUUCGUCAGAAUAUAAUCUGAACGCUAGUGUAUUUCACAACAAUUCUUCGUUAUUAUCUAAUCCUUCCAUUAUGAAUUCUCCUCGAACUACUUCCACUAACUUAUUGAACGGGAACUCCCCAAUUGUGCCAAACGUGACAACUAAUAUUUCUUUGGGUGCAACCAAUACCAGUAACUUAUCACCUUGGUCAAGUAAGUCGAGAUUGAAUUCAUUAUCCAAUUCUACACAACCUUUUAUUGGUGGCAAUCAAUUUACUCAAACUAAUACUGCUAGUUUCAAUGGUGUAGGAAAUGCUGUACAGCAGAGUGGUAAUUUCAGCCCAUUUAAUGCAUUCAGUGAUCCUUUAGUCUCCGAUGCUUUCAAAGCAGCGGGUCCAGCAGGCAUGAAUUCUAAUAUCUGGUUGAACUCAAGUAAUGUGGGUAAUAAUAGUGGUAACCAACUGGGAAUCAGUGCACCAACUACAACUUCAACUAACACUAGUUCUCGCAAUAAUUCAAUUUGGGGGAAUACCAAUCCUAAUAAGGUUACCGAACCAUCAUUAUUGAACAACAACAAUAACAAUAACAAUGGAUUGAUAUCAGUUGAGAGUAGUGGCCUUUGGAACAGUAAUGGUGGCAACAACCAACCUGCUCGUUCUUCUAGUGUCACUGGUAUAAGCAGUAACUUGUCUACAAUCAAUCCUAUCAGUUCUAUGGACAUUGAGUUGAUUCAAUCUACAACGUUUAACUGCUUUCAAAUACUACAGAAUAGUGGUCAGUUAGAAUUUGGUGUUGCACCAUUAAUGAAAUUAUUUCAAAAUGUGAAAACAAUUUUGAAUAAGCCAAGUUUAACGAUCAAUCAGUUUUUAAAUUGUUGUACUAUCAACUCAAAUGUUUACAUUUUUUCGCUCAAAUAUGACGAUUUUGGUAAUGUUACUCAUGUUGAAGUGGCAUACAAGAAUGUUCCUAGAACUUCUCCUCCCCCUCCUCCAGGAAACAUUGUCCAGAACCAACACCAAGUUUCCCUGCCAUCAUUUGCUGCUGCAACCGCGUCUUCGUCGUCAUUAGCAACCAGUAAUGUUCCUUUGGGAUUCAUUAAUAGUGGUGGGUCGCCUACCGGAUUAUUUAAUGAUAUCAAUAUCAAUCAUGGUGGAACUUCAUUUUUACCUCCAAUUGGUGAGCUGUCUACUAAUGAUGCUGGUAGUUCCAACGUGGGUAACAGUGGAUUUGGUCGUAGAUUAUGGAAUUGA